AUGGAAGACCAGCUAAAUUUCAAGGCAACUGAGCUAAGAUUAGGGUUGCCUGGAAGCUCUGAAGAGCCUGAGAACAAAAAAGCAGCACCGUCUCCUCCUAUGGCUAAGAAUAACAAGAGGGCUUCGCCGGAUUCAGCGGCUGAGGAGUGCAGUACAAGUUCUGAUCCCAUAGAUGUCCCUCCCACCAAGACACAGGUAGUAGGGUGGCCUCCAAUCAGAUCUUACAGGAAAAACAGUUUGCAACUGCGAGAGGCGUACGUGAAAGUAAGCGUCGACGGAGCUCCUUAUCUGAGGAAGAUUGAUCUCAAGGUUUACAAUAGCUACCCCGAACUCAUCAAGGCCUUAGAGAAGAUGUUCAACCUAGCCAAUAUUAAUGGAUCCGAUUUUGCUCCGACAUAUGAAGACAAAGACGGCGACUGGAUGCUUGUUGGAGAUGUGCCAUGGAAUAUGUUUGUUUCUUCCUGCAAAAGGCUGAGAAUCAUGAAGGGAUCUGAAGCCAGAGGAUUGAGCACUUGUUUCUGA